AUGUGCACCCCCCCGCUGCCUCAGCUUGUGGGUUCCGGGGGAGCUCCGGAAUGGACCUUGGCCGGGCGAGGCGUGCGGUCCCGGCCCCGGUUCCGUGGGGAGGCCUCGCCCGGCGGUCCAAGCCAUCUGCGUGUAGACGCAGGGCAGCUCGCCGGUCCUCGGGGCCUCCUGUGUCUACGGGGCUCCCCCGCCUCUGGCCGGCCCAAGAACCCACCGGCUCGGAGAAACCUCAGCGCUCCGCCGGGGCCCUGGCGUUGUCCGGGGAAGGUGGCCGGUUUGGGGGAGCAGAAGCAGGCGCCGCGCUCGCAGCCAGGCCGGGAGGAAGCGCCGGGCUGCGGCGGGGGGAGACGGGGGGGGGGGGUGGCGCCGCCCGUCCGCUCCGUGCCGGCUCGGGCCGCAGAGCAAAGGGCCGAGGCCUCCCGCUGGACGCUGCGCUCGGGGACGAGUCAGGCUGCUCUGGAGCGGCAGCCCCGGGCGGGCAUNCUGGCGUUGUCCGGGGAAGGUGGCCGGUUUGGGGGAGCAGAAGCAGGCGCCGCGCUCGCAGCCAGGCCGGGAGGAAGCGCCGGGCUGCGGCGGGGGGAGACGGGGGGGGGGGGUGGCGCCGCCCGUCCGCUCCGUGCCGGCUCGGGCCGCAGAGCAAAGGGCCGAGGCCUCCCGCUGGACGCUGCGCUCGGGGACGAGUCAGGCUGCUCUGGAGCGGCCGCCCCGGGCGGGCAUCAUCCUGGGUGCCGCGACGAGCCUUCCCGCCAGGCCUUCGUGCCUUUGGAGCACAGCCUGGCACGGGGGGCCGGGCGGGCCGGGGGGACGGGAGGGGAGCGAAGAGGCCGAGGCAGAGAGGACGAGAGACAGAAAGAGCCCGAGACGGGCCGAGACGCCCCCGUGGCGCCGCCCACCCCAGGCCAAGACGGGGGAGGGGACGAGCGGCUUUGGGGGACGUUCCGUGGCGACACAGAUGAGGUUUCUGGCCCGGCUCGAAUGUCCGGAGGGCGGGUGUCCGGCCGAGGGCGGGAGGAGGAGGAGAGGCGGAAGAGCCGUCGAGGUCCUCCCCGGGAGACGACAUCCAAGGAAGCAGGCCGGGCGGACGCCCCGGGCUCGGGCACGUGCCCGCCGAGCCCCCGAGGGCCGACCCCUCCCGGGGGAGGCUCGGCCAGCCUUGCAGCGCCCCUCCGAGGCGGCCAGGCGGGGCAGGCCUGGGGGAUAGGACGAGCUGCAGAUGGCGAUCCCGCCUGUUCUUCUCUUGGUUGUCUGCCCGGACGGCCUUCCCGAGUCCUGGAGAAGAUGCUGCGGGUGCGAAUUCCACUCGAAGGUGAGCCUCUUCCACAGGCCUGCGGCUCACCCGUCAGCGGCCCCCUUCCGGCCGGGGCAGGGCGAAGGGGAGAGGCUUCACUCCAGAAAAGGGUUUCGGAGACGGGCCGGCCGGCGGCGGAGCCCGAGGCAGACACAGGCCGAGCAGCCCCUCGAGGGAAGGAGGAGGGCCGGGCCUGGGCAGACGGGCGGCCCCAGGAAGCUCGAGCGGCCCGGCUCCUCCGGAGCCCCGGGGGGUGCCGUGGCGGCCUUCCUCUCCAAAGGAGGCGGCCGGUCAGCGAGAGGGACUUCUCUCCUGGAGGGGGGACCGAGGCCUUCAGGACGUGGCCUGGACGCUCGGGGAGACGAGGCCCGUGUCUGGUCCGUCCCACAUCCGGGGGCACCGUUAGCUGGGUGGGAAGCGGAGGGAAUCGGCGAGUCGGUCAGCCAACGGUCGUCGUGUGCUCAAAGGCCCCCCGAGGCGCCGCGCCAACUCCGUCCUCGGCCUCCCCGCAGCGGCUCGGGGCCACGGCCGCAGGCUGCCGCUCCGGACCGCCAGUUGGCCGCGUUUCUCGGCCUUUGGCCGCCAGCCUUGGCGGCCUCCUGGCUCUUCUUUUUCCCUAUGUGUCACGGGGGAGGCUCGAGCCACGCUUCCCUCCCAGCCCCGUGGUCUGCGCGGCGUGGCCCCUUUUGGACGUCCGCUUGGCUUGGCCCCUGGCCGAACGUGUGACGCCCACCAUCAUGCGGCCUCGGAGGAGACGGGCCGAGAGAGGGACUUGCCUGAGGCCACACGCUGGGCUGCAGAACCCCCGGGAGCGAGCCCUCGCCCUGCCCGGCCCUGCGCGGCCCUGCCCGGCCCUGCGCGGCCCUGCGCCCUCCCACUGGACCGAGAUGCCAGCCGGGCUCUUCCUCGCUCCCCGGGCACCACAGCGGGCACAUCCGUGCCGCUCCCUCGCCCGCGUCUCUCGGCUCGCUCCUGCUUGGCACUCGCGAUCGCCCGAGACGUCGGUGGCAGCAGCUGCCAGCCUGUCUGAGGGAGACGGCCAGGGGCUGGCCUCGGUUCGAGCGUGGCCCCCUCCCCCGGGGCCCUCGGGGGCCUUCCUCCCCUCGCCAUUGGGGGCCGCCCACUGCGAGCCCCACCCUGGAGGGGGAAGCCGAGGUCAUCCCGAGCUCUGCGAGCCCCGGACCCGAGUGCGGAUCUCUCCUUCCGGCGUCCUGGGAGCUGAAGGGCUCGGGGGCUCUGGGGGCCGAGAGGAGAACGUUGGGAACCGGCAGCCGAGCCCCUUUUGGGCCAGCCGGGCCUCCCGGUGCCAGGCCGCGACGGGGCCUUCCGAGGUGGGAGAUGUCCCUGGAGCCUCGCCUCAACCUCCCCGAGGCCGGCCUCCAUUUGUAGGGAAGCGGGCGGCGGUGGGCGAGCCCUCCGGAAGGUCGGGGAGGAGAGGCCUCGGCCCUGCCGGGCAGACGUUUGGCUGCUGGGCUGUGGGUGCCGCGGAGGCUGGCCGUGGCCUACCGCAGCCCUGCGCCAGGCGCCGGACAAGCCCUUCCCGGACCCGGGCCCGGCCGAGGAAGCUCCCGGCGCGUCCAGCGCGGACGGUUUCUCCCUCUGUGGAACCGCGGCGCUCCCCUCUUCCCUGUCCCGGGCCGGAGGGGUCUUCCCUGCCCCGCACCCCCUGCCUGCCUCCGCAGGCCACGCCUCCGCAGGCCACAAAGGUGGGUGAAGAGCCUCCCGGGCGGCUCCCUCGGUCAGCCCCGCUUUCUCCUGGUUUGGACCCGUCGGUGGCACGCCGGGAGCGUGCAGGGCGGCGCGCGGGCCCGAAGGCUCCAAAGCAGCCCAGCUGCCGCGUCGGGACGAGGAAGGUGUCUCCGUCCUCUUCCUCGGGACGGGGAGUGACGUCCCCAGCCACGGUGACGGGCACGUCGGAGGCUGCUGCCCUGCCCCCAGGCGCCCUCCAGGGUUGGGGCGACCCUGUCUGGGCACGGCUCUGGCCCCGCCGGCGUCUCGCCGCUGUGCCGCUCAUUCCUCUCUUCCAGGGAGCUCACCCUCUCCGGCGUCGGCUCCGACGCAGCAGGGUCCGCAGCGCCCACGGCGCUAAGUCAAAGGGGGCGAGAUCACAAUGGUGGAGAGCGCGGCGCCCCAUCGCCCCGCGGAGGACCCGGACCGAGAAGGGCCACUUGAGUAGGGAGCCGCCAGGCUUGGCGUCCGGCGGCGGUGAGGGUGCCGCCUGGCAGGCCGCGGGAGCCCGGGCAGCGCAGGGAGGCCACCGCCACCGGCCUGCCCUGCGGCUCUGCCCGGCACAUAGCCCAGGGCCUGGCACACACGAGGCGCCGAGCGAGGGUUGA